GUGGGUGCAGAGCCCCGUCUCCCCCCCGGGGGACCCUGUGCCCUGUGUUCCAUGUUUUCUUCUUGACUUCUCAUUUUGCUUGAGCGCAUCUUCCUGUAGCCUGAGAAAUGGUGCAUGAGAGAAUGUAUGACAACAUGUCCACAAUGGUGUAUAUAAAGGAAGACAAGUUGGAGAAGCUUACACAGGAUGAGAUUAUUUCUAAGACAAAGCAAGUGAUUCAGGGGCUGGAAGCUCUGAAGAACGAGCAUAAUUCCAUUUUACAAAGUUUACUGGAAACACUGAAGUGUUUGAAGAAAGAUGAUGAAAGUAAUCUGGUGGAGGAGAAAUCAAACAUGAUCCGGAAGUCACUGGAAAUGCUGGAGCUUGGCCUGAGUGAGGCACAGGUUAUGAUGGCUUUGUCCAAUCACCUGAAUGCUGUCGAGUCGGAGAAACAGAAGCUGCGGGCACAGGUUCGUCGCCUGUGCCAGGAGAAUCAGUGGCUGCGGGAUGAAUUGGCCAACACGCAGCAGAAAUUACAGAAGAGUGAGCAAUCUGUGGCUCAACUGGAGGAAGAAAAGAAGCAUCUGGAAUUCAUGAAUCAGUUAAAAAAAUACGAUGAUGACAUCUCUCCAUCCGAGGACAAAGACACUGAUUCCACCAAAGAACCUCUGGAUGACCUUUUCCCAAAUGAUGACGACGAACCCGGCCAAGGAAUCCAGCAGCAGCACAGCAGUGCAGCAGCCGCGGCGCAGCAGGGCGGCUACGAGAUCCCGGCGCGCCUGCGCACUCUGCACAACCUGGUCAUCCAGUACGCCUCCCAGGGGCGCUACGAGGUGGCCGUGCCGCUCUGCAAGCAGGCCCUGGAGGACCUGGAGAAGACUUCGGGCCAUGACCACCCGGACGUGGCUACCAUGCUGAACAUCCUGGCCUUGGUGUACAGAGACCAGAAUAAAUACAAGGAUGCCGCAAAUCUACUGAAUGAUGCCUUGGCCAUCCGUGAAAAAACUUUGGGCAAAGAUCAUCCCGCGGUGGCGGCCACUCUGAAUAACCUUGCAGUGCUGUACGGCAAGAGAGGGAAGUACAAAGAGGCCGAGCCGCUGUGUAAAAGAGCCCUGGAGAUCAGAGAAAAGGUUUUGGGAAAGGAUCACCCCGAUGUUGCGAAGCAGUUGAACAACUUGGCCUUACUGUGCCAGAAUCAGGGCAAAUAUGAAGAAGUAGAAUAUUAUUAUCAAAGAGCCCUUGAGAUCUACCAAACAAAACUGGGGCCUGAUGACCCCAAUGUGGCCAAAACGAAAAAUAACCUGGCCUCCUGCUAUCUGAAGCAAGGAAAAUUCAAGCAAGCAGAAACACUGUACAAAGAGAUUCUCACUCGUGCACACGAAAGGGAGUUCGGUUCUGUGGAUGAUGAAAAUAAACCCAUUUGGAUGCACGCUGAAGAAAGAGAAGAAUGCAAAGGAAAGCAAAAGGAUGGGACAUCUUUUGGAGAAUAUGGCGGCUGGUACAAAGCCUGCAAAGUUGAUAGUCCGACUGUUACAACUACUUUGAAAAACCUCGGGGCACUUUAUAGACGACAAGGCAAAUUUGAAGCUGCGGAAACAUUGGAAGAAGCAGCCAUGAGGUCCCGUAAACAGGGUCUUGACAAUGUUCACAAACAGAGAGUAGCUGAAGUGCUGAAUGACCCUGAGAACAUGGAGAAGCGGAGAAGCCGGGAGAGCCUGAACGUGGACGUGGUCAAGUACGAGAGCGGCCCUGACGGAGGGGAGGAAGUGAGUAUGAGCGUAGAGUGGAACGGGGACGGCACUGGAUCUUUAAAGCGCAGUGGCUCCUUUAGCAAACUCCGGGCUUCCAUUAGACGCAGCAGUGAGAAGCUGGUUAGGAAGCUGAAGGGAGGAAGUUCUCGAGAGAGUGAGCCAAGGAACCCCGGCAUGAAGCGUGCCAGUUCUCUGAGUGUCCUUAACGUGGGUGGCAAGGCAGCCGAAGACCGUGGUUUCCAAGAACGAAAUGAUUAUCUGGCAGACUCGUGAGCUCCGAGUGCCAGCCACACUGACCUGGCCCACUGAGGGUCGGGGCAGAGCUAGAUAAAAAUCCCCGAGACUUAACGGGGACACUGAGACCCUCAGAGCUUUGCCAAGCUCCUCUACUCUGCCCGGGACUCACCUCCCCAGUGACUUCCUUUUCUAGGUGGUGACCUCUACCACCUCGUGGCGGUUUGCCCCGAAUUCCGUUAAGCUGCCUGCAGUCCUAGCGAGCUAGAGCUGCUGGAGCGUGAGACUGGCCAGGCGUGGCGCCGGCAGCCUCAGCGUGUUUGGGACCGGCCGUUGUUCACGGACACUUGUACUUUCUGCCGCUACGCCAAGAUCUGUUUGCAGUUUUAGUAUCGUAUUAAGGCUCUAAAUGAAGACUCCGGAACCUUAAACUGCAUCUUUCUAGAAUGAGCAUCUGAUGGUCUGGGGCCAUGCUGCCUGGAAUUAAGAGGACAGUUGGUGCUCAGAGCUGGGAGAGACAGGGCGUCUUCGGUAGAGCCUCUUUUUGUGGAAAAUGAUGGCAGCAGCAGUGGUCUCGAGGACGCCAGCAUUAAC